AUGGGGCCUCAUAAAUUUAUGAUGCCGGUGUUGAUGUUGCUUUCAUGUUCUACUUCAAUAGGUGCAGCAGUGGACUGCACCACCGUGACGGACCUAAUCUCGGUCUGCGCCACCUUCAUCACCUACGGUUCACCUGACCCUUAUCCUGGUUCACCCUGUUGCGAGGCCAUAACCAACCUCAGCUUGAUGACUCGUUCCACCGCUAACCGGAGAUCGCUUUGCUGGUGCUUAAUGGGGCUCAUCACCGCUAACAAUCCCAAUUCCACCGCGAUUGCUACUUUGCCGGGCUUUUGCGGCAUCCCACUCGGCUUCACCAUUGAACCGGAUACCGACUGCAACUCGAAUAUAUUUUAA